CCGCUGACCUACAUUCUUCAUGGGCUGCCUGCACACCAAUUUUCAGUCGCUCAGCUCUUGUAUGGACUGAGAUCCGAGGGGGGGGAUACUUUUGUCAAGUAGUGUAUUAGGUGGCAAGCAAUGCUACGAAUUCAUUCGACUGAAUAUUAUCGGAGCAUUACCUAAUUUAACAACAAUAAAUAAGUUAAUUGCAACUGCUGUUCCUAUUUUAACGGAAGGUCAAUUUUAUUUUUCUGCCUUGAAACACUAUCUUGAUACAGUAAACGUAAAAUUUAGUUUUUGUGCAGAAGAUUGCACUGGUGUAGUUAAAAAAGUUAAGCAUGAUGGUGCUACAAAUUCAUUUGUUGGUUUUGUUUCGAAGUUCUCUAAUGGUGUACCAAUCUAUGAUUAUUAUAAUACUGAUUCAUUUGAACAAUUACAAUACUGA